AUGUUGAGAUUUCUUGCCGAGAGCGAGCCACAAACUGGAUACGCGACAGUGUUCCGUUCUUUAGAUGUGGAUGGCUGUGAAUCUUUCAAUCUCGAAGGGUUACUGAAAGCUCUAGAACGAAGCGAUAACUCGGAUGGGAGAAUCUCAUCCGAAAGGAGAGAUAAACGAUGCGGGUUCGCUGGGAGGUUGUCGUUGCUGAAGAGAAUUGUGAAGGAGUGGCGGAAUGAAGACUUCGUCAGUCGGAUUUUGGCAAGAGCGGAUGUGAUCAUCAGUGAGCGGAAGGAGAAGCUCGCAGAGGAGCUCGGAAAAUUGCAACUUAGCGACCGGGGGGAAACGGGCACGUGGCGGUAA